AUGGUGGCGGAAAGAUUCUCAACAUGUGAAUUGUCAAUCUUAAAGAACAUUCCUAAUUUAAAGCAUUUCACUACAAAUAACAUUGAUCAACGAAUUUUCAACACACUUGCUACUGACAAUCUCAAAUUGAGAACAAUCUCAACAAACUUAUUCACUGCACAUACGCCACCUAAAGACUCAGUUCUAAAUAACUUAAUUCGAUUGAAGAUUUGUUUGAAGAGUUCGGACAUCUUUUUCGAAAAAAUUCAGAACAAAGAAAAUUUCACUGACUUUGACUUGAUCUUCCUUGAUGCUUACAAAUAUUUAGCUCGUCGAUGGGAUGUCAGUAGAAAAAGCUUUUAUGAAUGGUAA